GAUAAGCGACGAAGCUUUAAAUGUAAACAAACAUUUUUCAUUGAAGAAAAAAAAUAUUGAGUUUAUUAAAAAUUAAUUAAACUGAUUACGAAUGAAUGAUUGAGAGGAUUGAGACAGGAGUAACACAGUGAAAAAUGCUAGAGAAAUGCGAGGUCUUCACGUAUGUAGUGGAUGAUUUGUGAAUUUUAUUGAUAAGACAGAGUGUAUGUGUGUGAUAAGACGAAGAACAAAGUUAGGGCGUCUGGAGGAGAAUUUCUCGGUGUUCUAAUAAAAUUGCUCUGUGUUCAGUAAACGCCCGCCACUUGAGCAAAUUACAUCUCUUUUCGGCUUUGCAUUGGAAGUGAGUUUUUAUUUUUCUCUUCACCGGAAACUAGCUGAAUUUAACAGGAUGACCAAACAGACGGUUCUCGUGACUGGUGGUGCAGGAUAUGUGGGAUCUCAUACAAUUCUUGAGCUUCUCAAUGCAUCCUAUGACGUUGUAUGCGUGGACAACCUCUGCAAUGCCUAUAGAGGUCACAAUUGCACUCUUCCGGAAUCUCUGGUACGUGUUCAGGAGCUAACUGGGCAUUCCGUGGCAUUUUACGACGUGGACAUUCGCAAUAAGGAGGCAUUGACUGAUGUUUUCAACAAGCAUAAGAUCGACUGUGUGGCCCACUUUGCAGCCCUCAAGGCCGUCGGGGAGUCAUGCAAAUUCCCACUGCAGUACUACCAAAACAACAUAACCGGCACGAGUAUUCUGUUGGAAGUUAUGGCUCAGGCUGGAUGCUACAACUUUGUCUACAGCUCCAGUGCAACUGUGUACGGGGAACCGGAGUUUCUACCCCUAACUGAGCAACACCCUACGGGCAAAUGCACGAGCCCCUAUGGCAAAAGUAAAUACUUCACUGAGGAAAUCCUCAAGGAUCUGUGUGAGUCAGAUAAACGCUGGAAUGCCGUGGCUCUGCGGUACUUUAAUCCCGUCGGAGCGCACCCAAGUGGACGAAUUGGUGAGGAUCCCAAUGGAGAACCAAACAAUCUCAUGCCCUACAUUUCCCAGGUGGCCGUUGGGAGGCGCCCAGUGCUACGUAUCUAUGGGACUGAUUAUCCAACGAAGGACGGAACAGGUGUCCGGGACUACAUUCACAUUGUGGACCUUGCUGUGGGGCAUGUGAAGGCCCUCGAUAAGUUGGGUGAAGGAAAAAUUCGGGGUUUUGUGGCAUUCAAUCUCGGUACAGGUGCUGGGUAUUCCGUACUGGAGAUGGUUGAUGCAUUUUCAACGGCAUCAGGUGUUAAGAUUCCCUAUGAAAAAUGUCCUCGACGUGCUGGAGAUAUUGCCGAGAGCUAUGCGGAUGCCACGCUGGCGGCUAAGAGUCUCAAUUGGCACGCCCAGAAGGGUAUCAAGGAGAUGUGCAAGGAUACGUGGAAUUGGCAACAAACCAAUCCCAAUGGCUAUUCCGCAGCAAAGCUCUAAGUCAGUUUUACCAAAAAAAAAAAUCAAAACCAAGUCAUGAUUCCAAAGACAACCAAAGGAAUUCCACCAGUUAAAUGGCAAGGACAAUAACAUUCUUCUUCUGGGUAUUCUCUGCGUACACACCGCUUUAGUUUUUUUUUCUCUUGUCAAUGUUGUGCCAUCUUAUCUGUUCCUGAGCAUUUUUUUUAAAUAAUUUUUUUGUUGUUUUUUAAGAUCAUGCAGUAAAUAAAAUGGAUUUUAUUAUAGAAAAAUAA